UGCUGUUGCUUUGCUUCCUUCUCUGUACUUUGCACUUUCUUGCUCUGUUCUCAUCUGCCCUUUUUUCUAGAUGGACAGCUCCCUCUUAAUCGCUUCAUCUUCAGAAACUACACACAGUUUGAGUGCUCGGUCGUCUUUGGCAAAUUCUUUGUACCAGGGAAGUUAUGAUCCCUACAAGGCUAUAAACUCCAAUAAUAGCUUCACCACGUCUCCAACAACGACCAAGAAAAACAGUGUCGGCAGCGUUAACAGCGCAUCGUUUUAUAACUUUAACAGCAACAGCAACACCCAGCCUAACUGGAACACCAACAACACCAAUAACAACUCAGAGAGCACUAUCAAAGCUUCUGCUAUUUUGGAAGCCUCGCCAACAACUGCUACGUCCGUCACGAACUCAAUCAACAGCCUCCCGCACAAUAUGGAUAUUUGGAACUCUGCUUCUGGUCUUACCGCCGAUUCGGCUUUGCACUUAAACUUGAACUCCAACCCUAACUCCAACCCAAAUUCGAACCCCACCUCGAACUCGACCUCAAAUUUGACCAAAAACUACGACCCUGUUUACUCACUCAACACAGAUUCAAGCAGUUUAUAUAAGCCAAACUAUUCCAACGUUGAAAUGGACCCUUUGGCCUACCAGAUGCUGCAAUUAUCAACGAAAGAUUCAAUCUCUCAGCUGACGACCCCUUCAUUGAUCCAAAACACAUAUUUUGGGAAUUCAAAUGUCAACUACAACCGUCAACUAAAGGAGAGCAAGAAUCAGCUUUUCAACAACAAUAGCAACAGUAACAGCAAUAACAACAAUAACAACAACAAUAAUAAUAAUUCUGACAGUACCAACAACGAGAAUUCGAACCUUGCUGAUAACAAUUGGUCAAACACCAAUUCUGAAAACGCUAAUAACACUUACAAUAAUUUUCUUCUUCAGCAAAAACAUCAGAACUCGUUUUCCAACCAGUACACUUAUAAGCCUCCCAAACAACAAAUGCAAGCUUCAAAUUUGAUUCAUCCUCAGUCUCAAAACAUGAACAUGAACAUGAGUAUGGACACGAACUAUGAUCAGACCAAACAGAAUCAAAGCUAUAUUCAUUCUCAAUCACAUGGUCAUUUCAACUCAGACUAUAACAACAGCAAUAGCAACAGCAAUAAUAGUAGUAACAAUACCGCAACUAACAAUAAUAUUAACAUGGAUAAUAAAGCUUACAAUAUUUACGAUUCAAGAGUAUUAAAAAUGAACCAAUCAAAGUCAAGUGAUAUUGAUCCCCCAGAGAUUGAAAACUAUAAAACAAAGAUUCAACUCAAGGACAUUAUAAUUUCCAAACUUGAACUGGAACUGGAAAAGUUGAAGGACUUUCAAAAUACGAUUUUAAAAACUCAAAACGAAUCAAGUAAUAGCUUUGAAAUCCCUAAGAACCAUGAAGAGUUGUAUCAUAAAUUGGUUGAAAAAGUCCGCUCAACCGAAGCAGAAUUAGAAGAUACAAAAACAAGAUUAGAGUCUCUAAUUACUGCCAUCUCAAUGAAUUCAACUUCUUCAAGCUUCAAAAGUGGUAGAUAUGAUGAGGAAGAAAUUUCCCAUAAAAUCAUUUCAAAGCUUAAAAUGUUGACCGAAGAAAAUGAUGAAUUAUCAAGAAUGGUUAGUUAUGGUAAGUCAAAGGAAAAAGACAUUGAAAUAGCGUUGUUAAGAAAACAAAAUAACGAUUUAUUAGAAAAAGUGUCAAAAUUAGAAGCAAAAUUAAAUGACAAGAAAUAA